UUUUGAAUGUACACAUAACUGAGUCCUAAACGUGGUCUCAAGUGAUUGCACAGUGUCUAGAUAACUAUUGAGGGAUAUAUUUGGAAUUUAGUAUUACAAAAUGCAAACGACAGACGAAGAGAUAAAGGAUGUGUUCACCGAGUAUGACCAGAACGGGAACGGAACGCUGGACCGCACGGAACUUCAGAGUGCGCUAAACCUGCUGGGAAUUGACUUGACUGACGAGGAACUGACCAACACAUACACCAUGGACGAUGAUCCAGACACUUUGACCCUGGAAGAGUUCACGAAGCUGGUUCGGGAGAGAAUCGGACCAAUAGACUUCAAACAGAGGACGAAGGAGUGCCUCGGAGAAUUCGCUGAGAGUGACGAUUCGGGAAAACUCAAGUUGGAUCGUAAACAAAUGAUGCUGAUUCUGACACAAAGAGGGAGCCAGCCGCUGGAUGUUGAGCAGGCGCAGGAGUUCAUAGAUAUGUUUGACAAGAACAACGAUGGGGUAUUGGACGUUGAAGAACUAGCUGAGGCGAUGUACCCGACAGAACAUGGCGAGCCCGAACAGCAGUCAUUCACCGAGGGGCAAGCUGCCGAGUAGCGGCCAAAGUAUUGGACAAUGAAUGACUGUCAUCAUUCUUUUGAUUAUAUUCGUAUACUGGGUGUAAGACUUUGUUAUUGGUCACAGACGUAUAUGAUAUGUUCUUUGGAAGGACAUUCUUUCAUAUCGUUUGCAAAUACUAAUGCAAACUAUACUUAUUAAAUUUGUCACGAUUUCCAAACAAAAAGUCGCAUCGAGGCUGAACACAUGUGAUGGGUGUUGAUACCUUUCUCUCCGACUACGCACGUUUUUAUAGUUGAAUUGAAGGAUAUUUUCAUAAAAUGCGUAAUGCACCAGUCAAUUGUAACCACGGCCAUCCCAGGUCCGGUGAAUAGCGGGGACUUUGACUUUCGGUCCAGCCAACCCCAGCUAAAAUCCCUGUCCUGCGGGGAUGAACUGAUGGUUAAAUCCCCGCCAAAUGCCCCCGCACCCAAGGGACCUUAGGUUUGGCCCAAUCCCCUCUUAUACUUUGCGCGAAGACAAAACCACUGCAUUUACCCGGCACUGCGGGGCCACCUGAAAGGCAAAAACACGGCCCAUUUCCCCGGCUAUCCCCGGUAUACCCCCGGACCUGGGAAGCCGUGGUUACAAUUGACUGGUGCAUAACACGUUAUAUUCAAGUUCCGUGUUACUGAUCUGAACAAUUUAUCACGUGACUGUUACAUAAUUCAUCUAAUUACAAAUGUUAUUUUAUUUAUCGUGACUUUGUUUAAAAUACCAUCUUUUUAUUUAUUGUAAUUAGGUUUCAAGUUAUCGUCUGUAUAUUUUAAAUGAAAAUAGAAGGAAUAAAGCUCAGGACUUCGCCACGACCUCGACCAAUCUAAUCAGCAGUUCUCGAGUUAUCA